AUGAGCACCGGAGAUCAAUUGGCAAAGUCAAUUAUGAUCACUGGGAAUACCUGGUCUGCAAUACGCUGGGAGGCGCUGGGGCUCCUAUUCACAUGGGCCACACUUGCUUUGCUACACUCACCAACGGAUGACAGGGUUGCUGCAAAUUUCAUAGCGACUCAUGGUACUAACAAAGCAUCAUGCAUUUCAACAAUGAUGUACUGCAGUAAUCUAUGUAUCUCAUUAUGUAAAGAAUAUGCACCUACAAAUGAGGUUCUCCUGUGGUUGCUGUACGAAAUAAGCCCCCUUGAACACAUCCAUCAGGCCAUCAUAAUCGCAUUGGAGACAUUACAACAUUCCUACAACAAGCUUAUCGUUCUAGGUCAUCAGACAUGGCAGCGCCUCGGCGACCUGGCCACUGAAGCCCUAGACCCGACCAUAGUCAAGCCUGGCGCGGGGAACCGAAAGGUUCCCUUUUUCCUUUCCCAGUCACGAAGGAAGAUUAUAGCUUCUGCGUAUUGGAUGGAUAAAAGUUUGGCGAGUUUCCACGGCCAAAUCCCGCGAAUUCCUUGCCUCCCACAGGAUUUUGAAAUCCCACUUGAUAUUGAUGACGAUGCACUUCUUGCAAAGGGCUUUCCUCGCUCAGAAUCGCUACAUUCGCGAGUCCAUGAUUCUAAUCAAUCGGAUUCUGUCUGCUCAGCUACAUACAUCCGUGCUAGAUAUAUCUUGGGCGGUUUUCGAGAUGAACUUCUUCAACUGUCCCACGCAGCGUCUUCUGAGUACAAUGGAAACAACGGAUUACAUGAUCAUUCACCAUCUCCAGUGGAGCUUAUACGCAAUAUCAGUGCUCUCAUCAGUUCCCUAGAGCACGAGUACCAUUCUGAUGAUCAGCUUAGCCUUCCCUACAUCAAAACGUAUAGGAAUCUGGGGUGUGCCCUUAAUGACAUUCUUGAAUCGAAGGAGAUAUGCGCUCUUGGCUGCGAUACCGGUCCUAGUUCAUCGAUCAUUUCCCCUGGUUCUGGAAUCUUCGGAAACGACAACAUUGGAAGCCAAUCAAUUGACUGGGGGGAUGAUCUUGGGUGGAAUAUGCAACGACUAUUAUAA